AACAGAAAAGUUUCUCCCGCGAAGAAUUUGCGACAGUCUGGAGAUUGUUGAAAUUCACAUUUCAUGGAACUGCAAGUACUUAUUCUAGGGAGAUAUCUGUGUACGAAUUUCUGAUUGUCUUCGGGUGUUGCUGCUGGAACACUAGAUUUGCAUUCUCAAACGAGUUAUAGAAGGUAUACAUUAUGUUUAUUAGAAAUUACGGUGAAUUAUUGAGGAAUAACAAUGCAUAUGAGACGAAAUGCCUUUGACACCGAGGAUACGUCAAAGAACAUUUGAACCUAAAUUUGGAGAGUAAUGAAGUAUAAUAUACUUAACGUUAUGAAGUAUCUAUGCUUUUAACCUGUAUAAAUGCAGCCAAAGGCGACCGGGAGUGUCAGAUCCGCAUGACUUGAGGAUUUUAUCCUUCAGGGGUUAAAUGGUUCUGAUAACGGACAGUAGAGAUGGUGGAGGCUCAUCUCCAGGAAAAGUUAAACACUCUAAAAGUGUUGGCAAUGUCGCCCAAAUAUAUCCCACUAUCGUGGAGGAAGCGCCUGAUCGCGCGAACGACGACGAUUAUUAUGAUGAAUAUCUCGGCUUGUGCGAGUCGAAUGAUGAUGAAGACUUCGAGGAGUUGGAGGACUUCUCAGAACUGCCGGAUACCAGGAGUAUCGUCUCGGAUGACUCCUUUUAUCCACCGAACGAUGACUUCGCAGACUCCGAGAGGACACCCUCACCGGGGAGCCCAGCGCCGCUGUCGUUUUAUCAAGCGUGUUGCAAUAACAACGCGCUAAUAGUGAAACUCAUGAUUAGACAAGGUGUAACGGAGGAGGAAGUUCACGAAACGGACAAAAACAAGAGGACUGGACUAAUAGUGGCGUGUUACCAAGGGUACGUUGACGUGGUGAUUGCGCUCUCCCAGUGUCCUCACCUGGAUGUGAACUGGCAGGACAACGAGGGCAAUACAGCCCUCAUCACCGCCUCACAGGCAGGUCACAUCACAAUCUCUAACUACCUACUCAACUACUUUCCUGGGCUUGACAUUGAGAAGAGGAACUGCCAUGGUUUCACUGCUCUGAUGAAAGCUGCUAUGCAGGGUCGAGUGGAAUGUGUCAAAGCCCUGAUGCUGGCAGGAGCUGAUCUAGAGGCCAGAGACAAUGGAAGGAAGUUCACCGCACGAGAGUGGGCCAUCUUUACAAGCCGCUAUGAGACUGCUUUUGUCAUCAUGCGGUUGAUGCAGCAGCCAUGUCCUGAGCAGUUCUGCGACAACUAUCGGCCUGAGUGGCCCCUUCUACCUGCGCUGGUGGCCAAAACCCAGUCACCUAAAGGCUGCAUUCAGAGGAUUUCAGAGACACUACGCAACUUCUUUGACAUCAGUAAUGUCACUGAAGCUUCAGAAGAUGGGGUUCUGGAUCACAUGGUGCGCAUGACAACUGCACUGGGGAGUCCGUUCGUCGCAACGGCAUGUCAGACCGUGUGUCCUGGCAGCCCGCCCUGUGUCGGAAAACGGCGUUAUGCUGUUCAGGAGAUACUAAAAAAGCAGCGAGCCGAGCACCUGAAAGUCCUGGGACCCGAGCGGCUCGAGAACUACAAACGUCUUUUCCAGAACUCUUGUGUCUUGCUGGUGCCCAAACCCAAAGACCGACGAGCUAGUCUGCAGCCCCAGGCCUUCUCAGAUGGCUCCUCCUCCUCCCUUGCCCUCCGUAGGGGCAGUCUGCUUCCCUUACACUUGCUGAGGAGGAGCAGCGUAAGACCAGGUCUGGUGGUGCCCAAGGUGAGAAUUUCCAAAGCACCUAUGCCCACUUACGUGCUGGAGAAAGUGCGGCGGAAAAGCAGUUGUAUAGAUGGCCAGUUCCUCCAGAUUCCCAAGUGGAGAUAUAAAGAACUGAAGGAAGAGCGAAAGAAAGCAGAGGAGGCAGAGAGGAAAAGACUGGAGGCCAUAACAAAAAGACAGCUCUCUACUGGCAAUAGGAAAUAGCUGGGACUAUACUUGAAAUGCAAUUUUGAGAAUGGAUGUUGCAAAUUUAUUUUCAUAUUUAUUGUCGUCAAAAAAGAUGACUGCUUUUUUGUAACGUUGAAUGCUUCCAUCCAAAAGAUUAAGCUUUUUUAAAUGGGGUAAAGCAAAUGGUUUGAAGUGAACAGCUCUUAAAAACCUUUAAUCCCCAUGUAGGGGACUGCGCAUCAGCAGACUAGCCAGUCACAAAGCUGUCAGAUGAGCUAAAAUGGGUACACUACUAAAAUGUGAUAUUACUGUAUUUGUUUACAUUCGAUAAAAUAGGGUUGCUGAUGCCAACAUUGCAGACAGAGAGCAUUUAGAGGGUUGUUCAAGGCUAGCAUUUUCUCAGAUUUAUCAGUAGCAUCACGAAUGUAUUUUAAAGCUAUAAAUAUACUGUACCUCAUUUUUUUAAACUAUUUUUCUGAACACUGUAGAAGUUGGAUGGUGUUUUGAGAGUAGCAAUACCUGCAUUUGCAGUUAUUAGAGACCAAUGAGAGAGCUACAGACAAUCACCAUAAACAAUGAAAAAGAAAACAAAACAGAGGAAAUUAGAUCAAGAACACAGAGGAACUGAUUUUGUUGGAUAUUUUGUAUCCAUAUAUUUUAAUAGGUAUGUAUGCAGCUAAAGCACUCAGAGCAUUCAAGCUCAUGACUUGGAUGUCUAUGUUUGGAAACUCUAGUCUUCAAGAAAAGUAUAAUUCAUCUUUUACCCAGAUGUUGCUUUUGCUGCCACUACAGAUGUACAGUACCAAUAUAAUAACUACACAUACAUAUAUAUAUAUAUAUACACACAUACAUAUAUAUAUAUAUAUAUAUAUAUAUAUAUAUAUAUAUAUAUAUAUAUAUAUAUAUUUAUUAACUACAGAUACAAUGUCCGAUAACUGCUAUGCAGAACCAAUUUGUAUUGUAAAAAAAACAAACAUAAUCAUUAGAAAGCAGUACGCAUUAUGAAUAUCCAGGCUAGUAGUAGUAAAAAUAACAAUUAUUAUUCUUACUAUUAUUAUUAUUAAAUUUGUUUAUUAUUAUAACUAUAAUAUAUAAUAGUUUAUUUAUUAUAAUAAUAAUAAUAACUAAUAUUAUUAUACAAAAGGUGUAACGGUUAAGCUUAAAGGGAUAGUUCACCCAAAAAUGAAAAUGCUCUUAUCAUUUACUUACCGUCAUGCCAUCCCAGAUGUGUAUGACUUUCUUUCUUCAGCAAACACAAAGAUUUUUGGGAACAUUUCUCUGCUCUGUAGGUCAGUACAAUGAAGUGAAUGGUGUUCAGACCUUUGUAGCUCCAAAAAUCACAUAAUGGAAACAUAAAAGUAAACCAUAUGACUCCAAUAUUUAAAUCCAUAUCUUCAGAAUAUAAUAGGUGGGGGGGAGAAACAGAUCAACAUUUAAGUCCUUUUUCACUCUAAAUCUCCACUUUAACUUUCAGAUGUGAAAGUGAAACUAAACAGGCACCACAUGUGACUUUCGGGUGUAAAAGUGAAAGUGAAGAUUUAGAGUUAAAAAAGGACUUACAUUUUGAUCUGUUUCUCACCACACCUAUUAUAUUGGGUAACACUUUACAAUAAGGUUCCAUUUUCUAACAUUAGUUAAUAACAUUAGUUAACAUGAACUAACAAUGAACAAUACUUUUACAGCAUUUACAGUUAAUGUUAAUUUCAGCAUAUCCUAAUACAUUUUUUUAAUUAAACUUUGCAAUUGUUAACAUUAGUUAAUGCAAUAUGAACUAACAAUGAACAAUUAUAUUUUUAUUAACUAACAUUAACAGAUUAAUAAAUGCAGUAAAAAAUAUUUUGUUAAUUGUUUAUGAUACCUAAUGCAUUAUCUAAUGUUAAUGAAUAGAACCUUACUAUAAACUGUUACCUUUUAUUGCUUUUGGAAAUAUGGAUUUAACCACUGGAGUCUUAUGGAUUAAUAAUUUGUUUCCUUUGUGCUUUUUGGAGCUACAAAGUUCUGGUCACCAUUCACUUCAUUGUAUGGACCUACAGAGCUUUCUAAAAAUUCUACGUUUCUCACUUGAGCGUGAAUGGCAGCAUUUAUUGGUAGACCCAACAUUAAAGAACAAAUGAUCGAUUAAGUGUUAAUUUCUGUAAAAAUAAAAAAAAAUAUAGGUCUAUCUGUAACUACCACACAGUAUGAUUUCUGGAAGUCAUUGGAGUGAGGACAGUAAUGCAAUAACAAAUCAGCAAAUCUCAGGAAUAAUAACACUAUGGACAGUUAUGUAUGCAGGAUAAUGAGAAGACUUUUAAUUAAAGAAUGUACAGUGAUAUCUGUUUGAAACGUCUUCUCACUGAUCAUCAUAUUUCAUAGCACCACUGUGCCUCUGUGUCCCUCAAAAUACACAAACACACACAUUCUGGACAGCUGAUUUUAUAUAAAGGUCAUGACCAAUGCUGACCAAAAGUCAGGUCACCCUCUUAUAUUAAACUAAUUUAAAUGUCUGUUUUACGUACACUACUUUUGAUUUGUAUUAAGUAACACACCAAAGAUGAUGAACAAAAAUGCAUGGACCUCAUUAUAUCUUUGGAAUAAAACAGCUUUAUAAUACUGUG